AUGCUGUAUCACCGACUAUUACAACCUGAUUCCGGCAUCAUUGACGGCUCCGUAUGUUCACUGUCAGAGCUUGAGGAGAGCCUCACAUUGCAUCUGAUGUGGCGACUUCAGUUUACCUUGUUUUUGGAACUUUUGCACUUGACCACACCGGCCUACCUGUCUCUCAACUUGUAUUCUCAAGCGUUGACGAUUCCAAGACAUCGGAGAGCCGUUGAGAGCAACGCAUCCAGAAAUGUGCGCUUGACCACGGGCCUUUCUCUUAAGGGAUCUGAAGGGACGGCGAAGGAAGUUGCAAUCUACCAAGGAAAAGUCAUUCGCGUUGCUGCAAAAAAAUUUGAGCUGGACGGAUCAAAGCCGUCCUCUAAGUAUUACACUACGCGCAAAAAGGCAAGAGAACGUCUUUUUGUUUCCGAAGACGGGGUAAUAAAUGACUACAACCAUUACCGCACAACAGCGCUCAAGAGUUCAGGCGACCGGGCCUUAUCCAUCCUAACAUACGAUGUCAUGAACCUUCUAAGAGCUCAUCAAUAUCCAGUGGAGGAUGGAGACUUGGGGGAGAACAUACUGGUGGAUGGGGUCACGUUCGAUUUUUUUGAGCCCGGACGAAGAUAUCAAUUUGGUGAAGAAAAUGGAGUUGUAGCAGAAAUCGUUGAACACAUGAUGCCGUGCGCAAAUCUAUGUAAACUUCCCUACAUAAACGAUGAGAGGAUGGAACCAGUAGAGCGAAUCGAGAAAUGCAAAGCUUUGCUGAAUAUUCUGAAUCAGGAUGUUGGUCUUCGAGGCUGGUAUGCUCGGGUCGUUCAAGAGGGAAGUAUUGCAGCAAGGUCGGCUGUGGUAAGACUGAAGUGA